AUGUCCAACACAAAUCUAACAAAACUCACCAACGGAGAAAAUCACAAACAACUGACGAACACUUCUACAAGACAGGUACUGUUAGCCGAUGAAGCUCUCUACUAUUUUCUCUUAGUCAACUUUUGGGGUCCGGCUUUAGCCGUGUGCAUUCUUGGAAUUUUCACAAAUAUUCUCAACAUAAUUGUCUUUUCUAAACAGGGCCUGCGUGACACUGUCAACAUAAGCCUCUUUGGUCUGGCUACAUCAGACUUGGGUUCCCUGAUUACGUUGCUUUAUGCAAAUAUUUCCUUUAUGCCAGCUUUUAUGGCGCUAGAUCUGCCAUUUGUCGGCAGUGACGUCAUGUAUAUUUCGACCCUGUGUCAUCUAAUAUUUACCAGAGUCAGCACUUGGAUAACCGCUUACAUCACUUUAGAGAGAUGUCUCUGUGUUACUGCGCCGCUGAGAGUCAAGAAUUUGUUUACGCCCAAGAGGACAGUACUGUAUCUUAUUGUUGUCUAUGUGUUGAUGAUUGCAAGCGCUUGUCCAAUGUUCUACACUACUCGACCAGCCAAAAUUUUUAACCCAUUAAAAAACAGGACCUUGCUUGGAAUAUCCUUUAUAGAAGACCGAAACAAAAUAGAGGCUAUCGGAUUUAUGACAAACAACACAAUCCCAACAUUGGCAUUCUGCACAGUGGCAAUCUGCACAGCAAUUCUUGUCUCAACUUUACGAAAGAAAUCAAAAUGGCGUCGACAAGCUACCACGUCCACUGCCAACACUGUCGUAACUGAUAGAGAUGGUAAAGUAGUCAAAAUUGUGAUACUAAUAUCGACUGUAUUCAUUAUUUGUUACUUACCCGGAACCGCCGUUUUUGUGUACAUGAUGUUGGACUCUGAUCUGCGAAUUGAUGGAUUUCACAAAAAUAUUGUAAUUGCAGUGUUUUCAGUCUUGUUUCAUCUGGAAUCCAUCAACGCCGGUGUUAAUAUUUUUAUAUAUUUGAGCAUGAGUUCAAAGUAUAGGGUAACAUUUAUGUACGUGAUGUGUUUCAAAUGUGAUACAGUGUCAGGGUGGAAGAGACCAAAAUAA